CCCCUAUACAAAUGGAGUUGGAAUCUCCCUCUUCCUGAACCCUGCAUGAAGGCGAGAGAGAGUGAAUAUAACAGCCAAAUAAAACUGUGUCUUAAAGGGCAUGUGGUAACCCCAUGACAGUGAGUCUUUCCAAGAUGUGUCUCCUCUGAAGCAGAAGCAACACCACCCUCUGCUGGCGGCAAAGAGAAUCAUCCCCAUAAUCAACACUUGUUGCUUUGUGACCAUUGAAAUUUGGGUUGUUUUUUUGUUUUGUUUUUCAUGUUCAGAAAAGAAGAUAAAGCUCAUUUGGACGCGAUGACGAGUGCCGAUGACGUGCGGGAAACCGUGAAGAAAUACUAUGGCGGUCGACUGGAGUCCUCCUGUGACCUGCAAACAAGUGCUGCCUCCUGCAGUUUGUCCUGCAGCCCACUGCCGAGCAGUGUCACAGACGCACUGAGGCUGGUUCACCCAGAGGUAACCAAAAGAUUCUUCGGGUGCGGCCUUCCCUUCCCCGCGAAGCUCGAGGGCUGCAGAGUUGUGGACCUCGGCAGCGGCUCCGGCAGAGAUUGUUAUGCCUUCAGUAAACUCGUUGGCCCGAGUGGACACGUGACGGGGGUCGAUAUGACGGAGGAGCUGGUCACUGCCUCUCGUCAGUACAUUGAGUAUCAUCAAAAGAAGUUUGACUACAAGGAGCCCAAUGUGACCUUUGUCCAGGGGUACAUGGAGAAGCUCGGGGAAGCUGGCAUACAGAGUGACUCAAUGGAUGUUGUGCUAUCCAACUGUGUCAUCUGUUUGUGUCCUGAUGAAAGAGCAGUGCUGCAGCAAGCCUACAACGUCCUCAAGGAGGGAGGUGAACUGUACUUCAGUGACAUGUAUGCCAGCAAAGUUGUUCCUCAACACAUGAAGCAUGAUGCAGUCCUGUGGGGUGAAGGAAUGGGUGGCUCUUUGUUUUGGCAAGACCUAAUUGCAUUGGCCCAUAGCAUAGGUUUCAGCACUCCACAUCUUGUCUCAGCAAGCCACAUUGUGAUCUACAACAAUGAACUCAAGGCAAAGGCAGGUGAUAUCAGCUACGCUUCAGGGACUUACCGGCUCUUCAAGCUGCCCAAACGUCCAGUCGUGUCUAAGGCAACAGUGACCUACAAAGGAACUGUGGGAGAUUUCCCAGAUCAGCUGGACUUUGAUUCAUCACACUGUUUCAAGAAAGAUGUUGCAGUGGAGGUAAAUGGAGAGAUGGCAGCAAUUCUCCAGAGUUCCCGUUUCUUCCCUGAUUUUGAAAUUGAGAUGUCGGAUAAACCUGAGUCCAACUCAGAGUCAACACCACAGUACUGCCACCUCAACCCGUUUCUGUUGGCUGACAGACUGGGGUCUUCUGUCAAACAAUGCUCCAAAACAAGCAAAGAAAAAGUCUAAUGAAUACAGAGGAAAUGGAUUUGAAGACUCUCCUCAAAAAGGUUUUGCAGAUUUUGUUUUUACAGGUUACUUAAAGCCUUAAUAUUUGUAUGUGCUGACCAUCAUGUACCUGUGGAGAUGUAGUCAAGGAUUGUUUUUUUUCAGGAUAUCACAUUGUCUGUUUGUGUUCACAGUCAAUGCUGUUAUAGUAUAAUACAUACAUUGCAUCAUCAACAAAAAACAUGUUGAACAAAAAAAGUUCUCACAUUUCAACUGAUGAAAUAUAAAUGAAAAUCUCACUAAUG